GUCAACACAGCACCCGGUUUUCAUUGUUCAUGCCUUCGUGAUUUCUUUGCUGUUACUUCUGCAGAUCACGCGGAAAGCAAGAUAAGUUUUCUAUUUCGAAAGUGCUUUUAAGUUCCUAAAACCAUGGCUUUACACGUACCGAAAGCUCCUGGGGUACCCCAGAUGUUAAAAGAAGGUGCACGGAUGUUCUCUGGCCUAGAAGAGGCAGUAUUCCGUAACAUAAAUGCCUGUAAACAGUUCGCCCAAAGUGUUCGCUCAGCCUAUGGACCUAAUGGCAUGAAUAAAAUGAUAAUCAACCACAUUGAUAAACAAUUUGUGACUAGUGAUGCUGGUACCAUCAUUAGAGAACUAGAUGUAGAACACCCAGCUGCUAAACUGAUGGUUUUAGCCAGCCAGAUGCAGGACUCUGAAGUUGGUGAUGGUACUAACUUUGUCAUAGUGUUUUCUGGAGCUCUUCUUGAAGCAGCGGAAGAGCUGUUGCGUUUGGGUGUAACGCCUAGUGAGAUUGCUGAUGGUUAUGAGAAAGCUCUUGAGAAAUGUUUGGAAAUUCUGCCUGGACUUGUCUGUGAAGAAAUUAAAGAUUGCAAAAACAUUGAAGCUGUAACCAAAGGAAUCAUUCCAUCAAUCAUGUCUAAGCAGUAUGGUUAUGAAGAUUUUAUUGCUUCACUGGUUGCAAAGGCAUGUAUUGCUAUCCUUCCUGAGAAAACUACAUUCAAUGUUGACAAUGUUAGGAUAUGCAAGAUUCUGGGAUCAGGACUCUUACAGUCUGAAGUCCUCUCAGGCAUGGUCUUCAAGCGUGAGGUUGAAGGAGAUGUUUCUUCUGCAAUAAAAGCUAAAGUAGCUGUAUACUCCUGCCCUGUGGAUAUCACACAAACAGAAACAAAGGGAACAGUUUUGAUAAAAUCUGCUGAUGAACUUCUUAACUUCAGUAGAGGAGAGGAGUCUCAAUUGGAGAAACAAAUUAAGGAUAUUGCUGAUGCUGGAGUCAAAGUGGUUGUUGCUGGUGCUAAAUUUGGAGAUAUGGCUUUACAUUUUUUGAAUAAAUAUGGUGUCAUGGCUGUUCGUCUCAACUCUAAGUUUGACAUUCGCCGUCUUGCCAAGACUGUGAAUGCUACUGUCCUGCCAAGACUAACCACCCCCACUGCUGAAGAAUUGGGAUAUUGUGAUUCUAUUGGUGUGGAGGAAUUAGGAGACACUCGUGUUGUUUGCUUCCGCAUGGAGAGCUCAGAAUCACGUAUAUCUACAGUUGUCAUCAGAGGUUCCACUGAUAACUAUAUGGAUGAUAUUGAGAGAGCUAUUGAUGAUGGUGUCAACACAUUUAAGGGCAUUGCCAGAGAUGGAAAAUUCUUACCGGGUGCUGGAGCCACAGAAAUUGAAUUGGCGCAACAACUUCUUCAGUACGCCGAUACCCUGCCCGGUUUAGAACAGUAUGCAGUCAGGAAGUUUGCAGUAGCUUUGGAAAGCAUUCCUCGUGCCUUAGCUGAUAAUUCCGGGGCUAAUGCUACUGAAGUUGUAAAUAACAUCUACAAAGCUCACAAGGAAGGUAACAAAAACUCAGGAUACGAUAUUGAGUCUGAAAACAAUGGUGUAUGUGAUGCUAAAGAAAAGAAUAUAUUGGAUCUCUACGUCCUGAAGUACUGGGGACUGAAAUAUGCGGUUGGCGCAGCUGCAACUAUCCUUAAAGUAGACCAAAUCAUUAUGGCUAAGAGGGCAGGAGGACCAAAACCAAAAGCACCAGCUGGAAGUGAUGAUGAAUCUUAAGUCUUAUGCAAUAGAUCACAAUUAAUCUUAACUCACAAAGUAUUUUAUUUUAAGUUUUUAGAAUAAAAUAAAGCUUAAUAAUACUUCAUUUAAUUUAAACAUACAUAUGUUUCAAAAUAUAAAAGGUCUAAUUCUUAUUUCAGUUUCAUAAUUGUUUUGUUUGUUGUGAAGAUUUCUUCUGCAUAUUAAUUAAGAUUCGAAUGAAAUAUUGUGCACUUCGUAAUUAUUAUAUUUUCUACGAAACUAUAAAUCUCCGUCAUGAACGCAUUACUUACUAAUAAUAAAAUUAUUAUAACGAA